CUUAACAAGAGGCAGGUGUUGUAUACUGCUGUGCUUCAAGAGUUCCAAAAGGAUCAGCCCCAGAAGUUUGGCCAUGAGAAAGUUGACUCACUAGGCACAUUGGAAUACACAUUCUUCAGCUAUGCAUGAUGAGUCAUGCCAGAAUGUGACUUACUGGCUCAGAUACUACCAAUGAAAGUUGAAUUACAAAGCCCUGAAGGAUGCCAGGCUCUCCGCGCGAUGGAGGCUCUCUGCAAGCAAGAAUGUGAGAUUGCUUAUUGCACCAGCCUUAAACCCAUUGAUGGGCACUGCAUAUGCAGCCAAGCAAUGAAUAAACUAUACCCACACUGGCAUUGGCUACACCUGUACUGUUGCUACAAGAAGUGUGUUCAAAAAAUGGGUCCCAGCAACUUUGCUGAGCUGUGUUUUGAGUGCGACUCAUGGUACCAAACUGAAGAAGACUGGAACCAAUAUUGCAAGCAGCAUCUGGAGACACUGAAGGACCUGCUUUGAUGUGACCCAAUUGUGUUUUGCAAUGCUCUGGUAAAGGCAGGAUUUUGCCCUUUUUGCCUGGGAAACUCAAUGCUCAGCCCGGCACAAUGCAUGCAUCAAUAUGUUCCUGAGAAAAGCUGCUUGGAGUGGUUUAAUCAUAUUGAAAAUCAUCUUCACAAGCUUGAGCUGGAAAGUACUCCCUUUUGCUCCCAUCUGGCAUGCACUUUUGAGGCCAACACUAUUGAUGGCCUCUGACACCAUCUGAGAGAUGUGCAUUGUUACUGUUCUCUCUGGCAGCAAAAGUGAAAAUGCCUAAAUUCAUUGUCUACUGAGACAAAGAAUGACCAAGCUUUGCCUCUACCUCUGGAAUGGCUGUGUAAACUUCCACGAACCCACUCUGCUACUGAGACAGCUUGUAUUGAUUCUCAACUUUGGUUAGUGAACUGAUGAAGCGUGUCACAGCCCCUGAUCAGAGCUUGACC